UUUUAUUUCUGACAUACGAACCUUCGUGCUUUAACUUGUUUUUCAAACCUAUUGUCGCAAUUCUCGAAAAAUAAUGCUGCGCCACAUGCAGUAUGCAGAUUGCAACCUCGCUGUGAUGAGUGUUAUUCAGUGAUUAAAUUAUUCAGUGAUUAAAUUAUUCAAAAUGUAUUGCACUUUAAAAUCCUGUUUUUGCAGGAAUAGAGUUGUCAGGGCAUUGAGUACUGGUGAAAUUUCGACAGCUUUGAGGCCUUUUUAUUUUACGGUUCAUCCGGAUCUUUUUGGACAGUUUCCUACACAAAGGACAGUCAAUGAGAACUCAUUGAAGCAAUUGAGUUCAAUAAUUGAAACUCUACAACAACAAAAACCAAUUUGCCCAACUAUUUUGCCAUUUUAUCUCAGAUCAAGGGACGAAAAUGAGUCGAAAGCUGGGAAAUUUACUCUGGUGAAAAUUCAAUUAAAUGAGAGAGAUGUGCGAAAAGCGAUUCUUUCUAUCCUGAAAACAUGCAAUUUGCCCACAACGUUUGUAGACAAAAUAGAACAAGAAAAGCCCAAUUCAGGAGAAAAAUCUAGAUAUUCACAAUUUCGAGGACGUGCUGGAGAAAUGGAUUUUUCCAAUUUGGAAGAUGAUCCAAUUUUCACUUCAAUUAUCAUGAAGAGGAAAAUAGACUCUGUACCCGAUACUUUCAAGGCCUAUUUGGACAAACACGUGAAUGAAGCUCACGUGAAAUUUGAAGCUUGCAGGCCUGUGAGAUCUGAAGUUGAAAAAUUAGAAUUAUUGUUAUGCGAGGCUCUUGGUCUAAAAAGCAUCACCUGGGACUGUGGCUGGAACAUCACGCAUUAUCGAGGAUGUCUUUUAGCUUUUCAAGCACUUGCAAAACACCAUCCGGAACCAAUGGAAGUUUUAAGAGAUCGGCAGCUCGUUUUUGCCAACGAUACCGGCAUCAGCGUAGAAGGAAAUGUGAUGCUCAAUUCCGGAGAAGUCCGGCACAAUUGGUUGGAUAAAGUUUGGCUUUCGGAUUUGUCCACUUAUGAAAUCGUUAUCGAGACUGAAGCUGGACCUCUGAUGUUGUCUCCGACGGGCCAAUUCAUCGUCCCAUCGUCAUGCCCCAGCUUUUUAUUAGUCAGCUUUAUUACUGAGAAUUUGGAAGAAGCCAGUAAACGAUUACUGCAUUAUAAUAACAUCAAGCACGUGGAGCGCGAACUUCAUAACAGAGCAAUUCGUGAUCUUGGCUUGGCUGCACUGAACAAAGACGAUAGUAUAACACCUGAUCUUAUGAUCGAAUGUUGCGAAAGAUUACUUCUUCAUAAGAGAGUUUUGGCACCAGCUCUCGAAGGUGUGAUGCUCUGGGUGACACAUUAUUAUUCAAUAAUGAGUGACGGCGUCCUUUGCGUGCCAUGGGAUUGGAGAUUAUAAUUAAGCAAUUAUUAGGAAGUUGAAACUAUAAAAACAUGUUAUAAUUAAGGUUCUAGUUAUUGGAAAUGGCGGUUGACCAUUUCGCCAUCUGGUGCCGAUAGGAAGAAUUUUAAAGGUGCCUUUUAAUUUGGACAUAAAAGUGUUUUCACGCUUGUUUUGUUAAGUUUAAAACAAGGAUCGCAUAGUAAAAAUAAACCUUUAUCUAAAACAAAGCGUUUUAAAUAGAAUUUCCAUAUUUCACACCCGACUCUCGGUUUAGUCACAGUCUGGGGAUUUUUAAAUCGGAAGUAUCGAAACGUAAACAGUCAGAGCAGCUUGAACCGUUUUCAAUUAUAAUGCGUAAUAUUGCGCAAUCUCCGCCUGUGAGGACCCGCGCACUGCGCCUUUCCGCUACGCUGCUGGCGUUUUUCAUGUAAAAGUCGCAACUGUAUCUUGUCCGCGUGCUGAGAAACUGCGUGGCCCAGCAGUUCUAGGAAUUACCAAACCGAAAUUUUAUACCAAAAAAAAAAAAA